AUGCUUCAACUCUGUGGAUUUUACAGCAGUUCCCCAGUGAGCAAAUUAACAAUCAGAGACUGCUGUUUGUUCGAGGAUGGCCUCUGCAGACCGUCUGAGACCUGCGUGAAUGAUGGAGUGUUUGGAAGGUGCCAGAAGGUUCCAGCAGUAGACACACACCGCUAUGAAGUGUCACCAGCGGUUCUGCAGCACCUGGCAGCCACCUUGCAGAAGCUCUCCCGAACAGGCUUCACAUGGCAGGAUGACUACACCCAGCACGUGAUGGCCCAGGAGCUCUUGAACCUUCCCUCCCCGCAACAUCUGGACGCCUCCAGCACAGCCAGAACCUCGAAGCAGAGUGUGGAUGAGGACAGGAGGUCCAGUCUGGAGGACGACGGUGGUCUGGCCAGGGCUGUCCAGCGCUACCUGCCAUACCUGGAGGCCCUGUCCCAGGCUGCUGCUCCAAACGUGCGCCUCCGCACAAAGCACAACAGGCCGCCAGCCCAGGGUGAGGACCCCCUUGCUGACAGCAUGCUGACCUUCAUGGCGCAAACGUCUGCUCUGACCUACGCUCCUGGCCCUGGGGCAGACUACCCUGGGGGCCGCCCGCUGCGGACCCCUGGCAGGUUGCAGCCUGACGAGCUCAGCCCCAAGGUGGAUGGCAACGUCAAUAGGCAGAAACUGAUCGCUGCGCUGGGCGCAUAUGCAGCUCGGAAGCCCCCGGCGCCCCACGGGGAAGGUGACCCGUGGCCACGAAACCCACUGCAUGCACCGUGGAAAACACCCAGGGUCCUUUCGGCGCCGGUGGAACCCCGGAAGUGGCCUUCGCCUCCAGGAGACCCCAAACUGCCCCAGGCCAUGAGCGAUGAAACACUUAUCCAGAGUCUCCUGAAGGACCUGGGAGAGCAGCCGGACCUCGGCGAGGUGGCCCGCGCGAUUGCCUCCGCCAUGCGAGCCGUGGGGGCAGAAGGGGAGCCGCGAGGUGCCGAGAAAGGAGCCGCGGGAAAGCCGAGAGAGUCCGGCGUUGGCCGGCAGGGUGGAGGCGUGCCAGAUGACAGAGUGCAGGACGGUGGAGGGAGAGCUUACGAAGAGGUCAGUCGUUUGAGCCUCGAACUUGGGGACCGCCUGCCGGACCCUGGGUCCCAACUCUCUCCUGCCGUACCCCCUCUUUCGGAGCCCUUCAAAAUGGAGGCAAAGAAAUCAGAGGCCGCCGAGGCCCCCCCGACUUGGGAGGAGGAGAGCGCCGGGGUGGAGGACGUGAGGAGUCAGACCUACUCCAAGGAGCGGCUGCAGAGGCCGCUUCCCGCAGAGCCCGGCACGGGCGGCUUCGGCGGGUUCCGGCCCUGGGUUCCCCGACCCUCGCAGGAAGACGCCCACCUCACGGCCGGAGCCCAGGGACGCCCCACGGAAGGCCUGCGGCUGGAGGUCAAGCCUUCCCAGGAGGACCACGGCUACAUUGUGACCGGAACCGACCCCCUGAGCCCAGAAAAGGGGAAGGAGCUGAUGGAGGGCGUGGCGCAACUCCUGGAGGUGCCGAUGAGCGUCUUCGCAGACAUCGUUGUUGUGGGCCCAGCGGUGACCUUCAGACUGAGCGCCAGUGUCCAGAACCUGACGACGGGAGAUGUCGCGCAGGCCGCAGUUGACAACAAGGACAAACUGGAAAAAGCAUCUGGACUGGAGAUUCUUCAGGCGGGAAGCGGGUCGAAAAGCAAACUAAAGCUCCCUCCACGCCGGGCAAAGCAAGGGGACUCGACUCCGUUCAUUGUGCUCACGCUGGUCUCCGUCGUGGCCAUGGUGGGGGUCCUCCUGGCCUCCGGCGUCAUCUACUGUCUCCGCCACACCUCCCGCGCCAGGCUGCAGGACAAGCUGUCGGGACCAGGGGACCACCCGGGCCCGGACGCCACGGCCGCCUACCAGGAGCUGUGCCGGCAGCGCAUGGCCACGCGCACGUCGGAGCGCCCGGAGGGCCCGCACACGACCCGCAUCAACAGCGUCUCGUCCCAGUUCAGCGACGGGCCGAUGCCCAGCCCUUCCGCCCGGAGCAGCACGUCAUCCUGGUCGGAGGAGCCGGUGCAGCCCCACAUGGACAUCUCCACCGGCCACAUGGUCCUGGCCUACAUGGAGGACCACCUGAAGAACAAGAACCGCCUGGAGAAGGAGUGGGAGGCGCUGUGUGCCUACCAGGCGGAGCCCAACAGCUCGCUCGUGGCCCAGAGGGCGGAGAACGCACACAAGAACCGCUCUCCGGCAGUGCUGACCUACGACCACUCCAGGGUCCUGCUGAGAUCGGAGAACAGCCACAGCAGGUCGGACUACAUCAACGCCAGCCCCAUCAUGGACCAUGACCCCAGGAACCCUGCCUACAUCGCCACCCAGGGACCCCUGCCCGCCACCGUGGCCGACUUCUGGCAGAUGGUGUGGGAGAGCGGCUGCGUGGUCAUCGUCAUGCUGACCUCCCUCUCGGAGAACGGCAUCUGCCAGUGCUGCCACUACUGGCCAGAUGAAGGCUCCAGCCUCUACCACGUCUACGAGGUGAACCUGGUCUCCGAGCACAUCUGGUGUGAGGACUUUCUCGUGAGAAGCUUCUACCUGAAGAACCUUCAGACCAACGAGACGCGCACCGUGACCCAGUUCCACUUCCUGAGCUGGUGCGACCGCGGGGUGCCCUCCUCCGCGAGGUCCCUCCUGGAUUUCCGCAGAAAAGUAAACAAGUGCUACAGGGGCCGUUCUUGUCCAAUAAUUGUUCACUGCAGCGACGGCGCGGGCAGGAGCGGCACCUACGUCCUGAUCGACAUGGUUCUCAACAAGAUGGCCAAAGGCGCUAAGGAGAUUGAUAUCGCCGCGACCCUGGAGCACUUGAGGGACCAGAGACCGGGCAUGGUCCAGACAAAGGGCCAGUUCGAGUUUGCGCUGACGGCCGUGGCGGAGGAGGUCAACGCCAUCCUCAGGGCCCUCCCGCAGUGA